AUGAAGUAUUGGAACAAAAAACAACUUCCAAAUCUACAACCCCAAAUACCAUUCGGCAAUUGUCCCAAUUUCGCUAAAGGUAAAGAAAAUCUAGGGGUGGAACUAGCCCACUUGUACGCCCAAAUAAAAAAGGAAGGUUGGAAACAUAGCGAAAAUGAUUUUGAGCAUUUUUGUGACCGUAUGGUUGGUGGAAACCCGAAAACAGAGCCCUUGCAUGCUCAUUUGUUAAACCUAAAAGGCACACAAUGGAGAGAUAUGAGAACUAAACUACGUCCGAGCUUCACCGCAGGAAAAACAAAGAUGAUGUUUGAUAUUAUAAAACAAUGUCAAGAUUGUUUAGUCAAGAAAGUGGAGAAUCUCGGCUCCGUUGAAGUAGUGGAACUUUGCAAAAAUUUUACCACAGACGUGAUUGGGUCUUGUGCCUUUGGACUCGACUGUAAGUCUAUGGAAAACGAAAUUUCUCCUUUUAAAAUUUACGGUCGAAGAGCUCUCCCCACAACAACACUAAGUCGCCUAAAAUUAACAUUUUUUUCUAAUUUUCCAAGACUCGGCUCAUUUUUGAAUAUUCGCACUAUUGAUAAAGAUGUGCAUGAUUUUUUCAUGAAUUUGGCACACGAAGUGAUUGAAUACCGGGAGAAAAAUGGAAACACCCGUCACGAUUUCAUCCAGUCAUUAAUAGAAAUAAAGAAAUCCGGUUCUCUAACUGUUGAAGAUAUCGCUGCCCAAACUUUUGUGUUCUUUUUGGCUGGGUUUGAAACGUCUGCUCUUUUAAUGACUUGGACGUUGUACGAACUUGCGAAAAAUUUAGAGAUCCAGGAGAGACUUCGGGAUGAGAUUUGUGACGUCUUGGAGAAAUUUGAUGGAAAAAUCAGUUACCAAUCUUUGCAAGAAAUGAAAUAUUUCGAUCAGGUGAUGAAUGAAACCAUGAGAAAAUUUCCUCCGGUUCCGUUCGUCAAUAGAGUGUGCACAAAAGACUACAAAAUGCCAAACGAAGACACUAUUAUUGAAAAAGGGACGGCUGUGGUUAUACCAAUUUUGGGAAUCCAUCGCGACGCAGACUAUUAUCCUGAUCCGGAAAAGUUUGACCCGGCACGAUUCAGCGAAGAGAAUAAAAAGAAAAUGCAUAGUUGUGCGUACAUUCCUUUUGGAAAAGGGCCUAGAAGUUGUAUAGGUAUGCGACUCGGCCUAUUACAGGCCAAAGUCGGUUUAUGUGGCCUUGUUAGAAAUUUUCGUUUUACACUAAACGAAAAGACACCAGACGUUAUGGGACUAAAUCCAGGCAGUUUGUUUUCUUCCCCAGUAGAAGAAAUUUGGUUAAAUGUAGAAAAAUGUCUUUAG